ACCCGUAGUCCACCUCCUAGUGUUGACGUGUGAUUAGCUUAGCCCCUUAGCUGGCGACACGCUACAUACUGGCUGUCACACUGAACCGUCAGACAGGCACUGCCCUGGUACUGGUCCAAUAACGCACUGGUCCGUUGAGCCACUGGUCCGUUACUGGUCCGUUGCCCCACUGGUCGUAGCCCACUGUGGACCUUGUUGUCAACAUGGACGACGCCUGGGACGAGAUCCGCCGUCUGGCCGCCGAUCUGCAGACGGCGCAGUUCGCUCAGACGGUGCAGAGGUUGUCGGAGAGGAACUGCAUCGAGAUCAUCACUAAGCUGGUGCAGGAGAAGCGUCUGGACGUGGUCCACACGCUGGAUGGGAAGGAGUACAUCACCCCGGCCCAGAUCACCCAGGAGGUCCGCGAUGAGCUCUACAUCCAAGGAGGGAGGAUCAACAUGGUGGACCUCCAGCAGAUCAUCAACGUUGAUCUGAACCACAUUGAGGCCAGAGCCAAUGAGAUCACCAGAACGGAGAGGGGAGUCCAGCUGGUCCUGGGACAGCUCAUUGAUGUGAAGUACCUGGAGCGCCUGGCCGAGGAGGUGAACGACAAGCUGCAGGAGGCCGGCCUCAUCACCAUCUCGGAGCUCUGCAAGACCUACGACCUGCCGGGGGACUUCCUGACAGAGGAGCUGUCCCGGCGUAUGGGGAAGCUGGUCCAGGGCCAGUUUGACCAGUACAACCGAGGGGUCGUCUACACCCCCGCCUUCGUAGCACGCCACAAGGCGCGCAUCAGAGGGCUGUUCAGCGCCGUCACCAGACCCACCCCGGUCAGCAGUGCCAUCGGAGCCUUCGGAUUCCACGAGCACCUGCUCUACUCCGUGCUGGAGGAGCUGGUCAACUCGGGGCGUCUGAAGGGGGCGGUGGUGGGGGGCCGGCAGGACAAGGCCGUCUACAUCCCCGAUAUCUACUCCCGCACCCAGAACAACUGGGUGGACUCCUUCCUGCAGCAGAACGGUUACCUAGAGUUCGACGCCCUGGUGCGACUGGGCAUCCCGGAGCCGGCCGCCUUCAUCAGGAAGCGGUUCCGCUCGGGCCGGCUGCUGUUCCUGCGGGCGGCGGCCGUGGGCCCCGGGCUGGUGGACCAGCUGGAGGCCUCGGUGGAGGAGGCCGUGAGCUCGUCCACCUGGGUGGACCUCCAGCCCAUGCUGCCCAGCUCUCUGUCCCAGGAGGACGUGGGCAUGCUGGUGAGCCAGGCCCUGAGGAACGCCGGGGUCACCACCUCGGCCCGCGUCCUGGGGGACAGCGUGGUGGUCAGCGAGAAGUUCAUCAGCGGCUGCCUGGCGCUGUUCGACGACGCCAUGCAGAUGAAGGCCCACAAGGAGGUGAAGAACAACCCCGUGUUCCUGCUCACCGAGGAGGAGGUGAAGCAGACCUCCCCCCUGACGGACAGCUCUGCUCCCUCCAAGAAGGAGAAGAGGGAGGCGGAGCGCAGGAAGAAGACGACGGAGGGCAGCGGUAGCGUGAAGGGGGGCGGGGGGGGCAACGCCCGCGAGUUCAAGAUCCGCAAAACCAAGAAGAAGGGAAGGAGGGACGAGGACAGCGACGAGGAGACGGGACCCCCCUCCCAGACAGGGCGCGGCCGGCCGGCGGAGGUCCCCUUCAUGACGGCGUCGGAGGUGGCGGUGGUGUUGGAGGCGGCGGCCGGAGACUUCCCUGAGGAAUCUCUGAUGGAGCUGGCGGAGCAUUUAGCCAGACCCCUGAGCAAGGCGUACCAGGAGGUGGUGCGCUCGGUGUUCCUGUCCUCCAGCAGCUCUCCCUCAGGAGCCAAUAAGAAGAAGAGCAUGAAGGAGCUGCAGGAGGAGGUGACCAACCUCUACAACAACAUCCGCCUCUUCGAGAAGGGCGCCAAGCUGCUCCCAGAGGAGACCCAGGUCCACGCCACGAGGCACGUGCUGAAGACGCUGUGCACCGACGUCACCAACGCGCUGGUGAACUUCCUGGCGGCGGACCUGAUGAUGUCGAUGGACCAGAUGACGUCGGGGGAGGAGCCUAGCCUGAGCGGCGAGGUCCGGGCCAAGAUCCUGGGGAAGCUUCCGGAGGAGACCAGAGCGCCCCUCAUGAAGCUCCACCACAGCCUGAGUGGGAAGAGCAUCGAAGACUUCCUGAACAACGUUGAGACUGCAGCUGAGGCCUGUGGACUCCUUCUGAAGAAAGGCGACAAGAAGAGGGAGAGACAGUCUCUCUUCGUGCACCGUAACGCUCUCCUGGAGCAGCUGAAGCAGACGGAGGACCCGGCACUGGUGCUCCACCUCACCAGCGUGCUGCUCUUCCAGGGCGCCACCCACUGCAUCCUGCACGCGCCCGGGCGUUGCGUGCCCGGGGUCAUCAGCACCCUCAGCGGGCGCAUCCCCACGGAGAGCCACCAGCUCCUCUCCCAGUACCAGGGUCUGGUGGUGAAACAGCUGAACCAGGGCAGGAAGAAGACCGCAGAGAAGGAGGUGAAGAAAGAGGAGAAGGAGGAGAAGGAGGACGAAGAGGAAAAGGAGGAGGAGGAGAAGGAGGAGGAUAUCCGCGGGGAGCUGUUGUCCCUGAUGCCCCAGGUGAAAAACCUGGUCCUGGUCCAGAGGAAGACCUCGGUGGGCGAGGACUAAGACGAAGACCCCGUGGUCGAGGACUAAGACCCCCUCAGAGAGCAGAGGAGGGGUCGGGAGGUCUUGGGGUACUGAUCAGAGGUCGGCUUCAUUCUGAUUAGAAUGCGGCCAGAAGGGGAUUUAAUUGAGUUGAAAUUGUAUUCAAAAUGUUUCCAUGAACAUGAAAGUCCUCAAUGACGUUCAACUGUAAUUCAAUAUAAAUAAAAUCCCACUUUCACAGAGAAAGUUCAAGCUUACUUUGUGUCUUUUGGUU